AUUAUGGGUCUGAGCCACUGCACCUGGCCUCUCCGUAUUUCUAUGAUUCUCCAUAUUCCCAUGGAUGGCUGUGACCCAGUCAGUCUGUACUCUUGGGAGGAUGUCUGCUCAAAUAAAAGCCCAGUUCAGGGAAGGCUCUGUCUUCGGGAUCCCAGAGAAACUUGAGGCUUCUCCAUGAGCGGAAAGUAAGUGGGCUGAGGUGAUUCUAGUUUAUCCUCAUAUAAAAAUCUUUACCCACAGAAUGGGACACUGUGCAGUCAUUAACUAGAACGAUAAAUACUUACAUUCAGAAACAGAAAAGUGCCUGUAACGUUGUGCUGGCUUGUAAGGAAUACAGAAUAGAGUUCAUGUAAAAUGAGAGACACACACAAAUACUUCUCUAGGCACCUGAGCAUAUGUAUCUGCAAGAAUGUUCACUGAAAUGUCACCACCGGAAUCACAGAAUGUCUUCUUCAUUCUCAGUACUUUUACAAUUUAUACUAUCUGCUCAGAAGAUCUCCUUUAUAUAAAGAUAAACAAAAAGAAGAAAAGCCACACAAAAAAUGUCUGAGAAACAAACUAAAAAUCUCCAAACCCCAGCUCACCAAGAAAAAAAGUGACCCAAACUGUUAGCAAACUAACGGUCGGGUUUUUAAACUCAGGCUCGGCUCUGCGGGGCACGUUGUUAGGAGCGCAGUCUCGUGCCUCUGUUAAUUCCACAGCUCAUUUAGUGGCAAACUUGCCCACAGUAUAUCUCCAUAGAAAUGGAACCCACAGGCACUGGCAACUGGAGGGUGUAAUUAUCCGAGGACAUGGCAAACUCUGGAGGCUGAAAGGAGUUCUCACACCAACAAGAAAGGUGAGCCUGGGGUCUUCAAAGGCAGCACGCCCAGGGCCUGCCACGUGGCCUCCUAGUGGGCACACUUCAGGGCUGGGUGAGAAAUGCUUGGAAACCUGGGUGCUCCCUCCUGGGUAGCUUAUAAAAGCCACCUUAGGUGCUGCUGCUUAAGGAGAGGUGACGGGGACGGGGACGAAGCCAGGCAGGGAGGGCAAGGGUUCAGACCAGGCCAAUGCUCGCCGCCUCCAUCUUCCGUCCGACACUGCUGCUCUGCUGGCUGGCUGCUCCCUGGCCCACCCAGCCUGAGAGCCUCUUCCACAGCCGGGACCGCUCGGACCUGGAGCCAUCCCCACUGCGCCAGGCCAAGCCCAUUGCCGACCUCCACGCUGCGCAGCGGUUCCUGUCCAGAUACGGCUGGUCGGGGGUGCGGGCGGCCUGGGGGCCCAGUCCCGAGGGGCCGCCGGAGACCCCCAAAGGCGCCGCCCUGGCCGAGGCGGUGCGAAGGUUCCAGCGGGCGAACGCGCUGCCGGCCAGCGGGGAGCUGGACGCGGCCACCUUGGCGACCAUGAACCAGCCGCGCUGCGGGGUCCCCGACUCGCGCCCACCGCCCCCCGCCGCUCUGCCUUCGCUCCCGGGCCUGCCCCCCAGAGCCCGCUCCAGGCGCUCCCCGCGGGCGCCGCUGUCCCUGUCCCGGCGGGGUUGGCAGCCCCGGGGCUCCCCUGACGGCGGAGCCGCCCAGGCCUUCUCCAAGAGGACGCUGAGCUGGCGGCUGCUGGGAGAGGCCCUGAGCAGCCAACUGUCCGCGGCCGAGCAGCGGCGCAUCGUGGCGCUGGCCUUCAGGAUGUGGAGCGAGGUGACGCCGCUGGACUUCCGCGAGGACCUGGCCGCCCCCGGGGCCGCGGUCGACAUCAAGCUGGGUUUUGGGAGAGGCCGGCACCUGGGCUGUCCGCGGGCCUUCGAUGGGAGCGGGCAGGAGUUUGCACACGCCUGGCGCCUAGGUGACAUUCACUUUGACGACGAUGAGCACUUCACGCCUCCCACCAGUGACAUGGGCAUCAGUCUUCUCAAGGUGGCUGUCCAUGAAAUUGGCCAUGUCCUGGGCUUACCUCACACCUACAGGACGGGAUCCAUAAUGCAACCAAAUUACAUUCCCCAGGAGCCUGCCUUUGAGUUGGACUGGUCAGACAGGAAAGCGAUUCAAAAGCUGUAUGGCUCCUGUGAGGGAUCAUUUGAUACUGCAUUUGACUGGAUUCGCAAAGAGAGAAACCAAUAUGGAGAGGUGAUGGUGAGAUUUAGCACGUAUUUCUUCCGCAACAGCUGGUACUGGCUUUAUGAAAAUCGCAACAAUAGGACACGCUAUGGGGACCCUAUCCAAAUCCUCACUGGCUGGCCUGGAAUCCCAACACACAACAUAGAUGCCUUUGUUCACAUCUGGACAUGGAAAAGAGAUGAACGUUAUUUUUUUCAAGGAAAUCAAUACUGGAGAUAUGACAGUGACAAGGAUCAGGCCCUCACAGAGGAUGAACAAGGAAAAAGCUAUCCCAAAUUGAUUUCAGAAGGAUUUCCUGGCAUCCCAAGUCCCCUAGACACGGCAUUUUAUGACCGAAGACAGAAGUUAAUUUACUUCUUCAAGGAGUCCCUUGUAUUUGCAUUUGAUGUCAACAGAAAUCGAGUACUUAAUUCUUAUCCAAAGAAGAUUACUGAAGUUUUUCCAGCAAUAAUACCACAAAACCAUCCUUUUAGAAAUAUAGAUUCCGCUUAUUACUCCUAUGCAUACAACUCCAUUUUCUUUUUCAAAGGCAAUGCAUACUGGAAGGUAGUUAAUGACAAGGACAAACAACAGAAUUCCUGGCUUCCUGCUAAUGGCUUAUUUCCAAAAAAGUUUAUUUCAGAGAAGUGGUUUGAUGUUUGUGAUGUCCAUAUCUCCACACUGAACAUGUAAUAAGAAAAAGUAGGAAAUGGAGAGUCAUAGGACUUCACUAAGAGAAAAAUUCUGAUAUUGUUUACAAAGAAAACCAGAUUUUCAGUAGCUGAAGAAAAUAUGGCACUGUAAGUUAAAACCCAAUGGGAAAAGUCUUAGUUGAACUUUUAAAAUACUUGAUUUAAAAACAAUUGCUCAGGGAAAACAUAAUUCAUAACCUAAAAGGUUUAAAAAAACAAAAAAACAAAAACUAAGCAUCCAAUGAUCUUUGCCUGCUUUCUACUCUGUGGGGCUCCGCCCAUCCCAACUGCGUGCCCAUCUAAUUGAUGGGAGUUGGAAGGGCGGCCAGAGCCCUGGGUCAAGCUAUCAAGGAAGGAGAUGCCACAGAGAUGAUUUUACUGAGGGAUUUAAUGGGAAAGUCACGGGAUUCAAAUAAAUUGCCCUCCACAGUCCCUGUCAGAAUGACAUUUCUCUAAAGACAGUGUACAAAAGGUUUUCAUGUGUAUUUCUCUCUUGAUCUUCACAACUCUGUCAGCGUGGCAGGAUGGAUACUACUGUACACAUUUCCAGUCAUAUUAGCCAAAAUUCAUCUGUUUGUAUCCUGCCAAAAGUCAAACCCAGUGGUAGCUCUGGGUCCUCAUCUCCAAAUCCCAGCCCAGGGCCCUCUGCACUUCCUCUGUGUCACUGUGGUGGUCUCGGGCCCUGCAGUGAGUUGCACCCUCUUGUUUGAACACACAGGCCUGCAACCCAAAUGGCCCUGAACAGAACAGCUUUGCUGGUUCACUGUAAUUCAUUUAGUGUUCUCUCCUACCACUUUAUAUGACAGUUUACUUAGGUUCUAAAGACCAGACUACCAAAAGGAGACUCUUGAAGCUAGUUGGAUAAUUUUAUUUCUCCAAUAUCAGUUAUAUCUAGGAUAGGCAUUAUAUCCCUUUAACUCUUACAUAAUAUGGCUAUUAACUCUUAACCCAAACAAAAACCCAAUGUCAUUUGUAAUGAUGUGAACAAAAUCCGAAAUUAACUGAAAUGGAUUCAGUAGCCUCAAUGAUCAGGCCACAAAUACCAAAUUUCUUCUUCUAAAGGAAUAGCUAAAACACAGGUACUUCAGGAAAUUUUAAGUUAAAAACAGCAAAUUACAAAUGUAUUUUAUAAGGAUCUUUAUUCCCCCCUGUAGGAACUUUCAUGUUAUUGCUUUGACAAAGGAAGAUAACUAGAAUUUAUUCUUACUUGCUUAAGAACAAAUUUUCCUCUUGACUGAAAGGUUGUUUCAGCCAAGGAGAGGGGCUGGGAGGAAAGAUAAGCAUCUCUCUUAUCCCUAAUCCCAGCUCAUUGCUACCUAAGUAGGAACAUCCUUUUGAAUUCAUUAACCCAAAAGAUGGUAUAUAAUCUUUGAUUAUAAUCAACAGAAGUCUCUAGGUUUAUCUAGCAGGGCAAAGACAGUUUUAUGAUGUGUGUACACUUGCUACAAGGGGAAACCGAAUGACAGUGGUCCUGAAAUGAAACAUUGCUGAAUUCGUACAACUGCUUUACAAUUUAGGCAAAACUUUAAAUGUUCCAGUGAUUAGUUUUUGCAAACCGAUACAAAUCUGUUCCAAGGAAAAUGCAAACUAAGUAAACAACAGCUAAGUGGACAAAUGGCAAGAGAGAAUUUUGCUAAGCUAUGAUGGAUGUUAACUCACUGUCAGUGGGCUGGGUGUGGUGGCUCACGCCUAUAAUCCCAGCACUUUGGGAGGCCGAGGCAG